CGUACACAGCGCAGCAAAGCAGCUAGCCAUGGCACCAUCGGCUCUCCUCCUACUGCUGCCACUGAUGUUGACACUGUCUUCCACGGCGUCAGCGGCGCAGUACGCGGUGCUGAGGAAGGUCCCUGGUGGACCUGACCCCAUCACGUCCGGCUCCCCACCACCGCCGGCGACGAGCGAACACUUCCCGGUGCUUCGGAAGGUGCCUCGUGGACCUGACCCCAUCACGUCUGAGCCACCGCCGCCUCCGCCGGCGACGAGCGAGCACUUCCCGGUGCUCCGAAAGGUGCCUCGUGGACCUGACCCCAUCACGUCCGAGCCACCGCCUCCUCCGCCAGCGACGAGCGAGCACUUCCCGGUGCUCCGAAAGGUGCCUCGUGGACCUGAAUCCAUCACAUCUGAGCCACCGCCACCUCCGCCGGCGACGAGCGAGCAUUUCCCGGUGCUCCGUAAGGUGCCUCGCGGACCUGACCCCAUCACGUCUGAGCCACCGCCGCCUCCGCCGAUCAGCUUGUCGGAGCUCCGGAAGGUUCCGACUGGGCCAAACCCAAUGAGGUCUGACUCGCCGCCAGCGUCGCCACCGCAUGUGAACUAGCCCCGUCUCCAGGAUUUGGGGGCCCGGUGCAACUUACAAAAUGAGGCCUAAAUUUCGUUGUUCAAACUCAAUAACUAGUAAA